AUGCUCUCUGGUAUCCUCAUUUUCAACCAAAAGGGCGAGAACCUAAUUUUCCGCGCUUUCCGCAGCGACUGCCGCCCGCGCCUCGCCGACAUCUUCCGCAUCCAGGUCAUCUCCAACCCUCAGGUCCGCUCGCCCAUCCUCACCCUAGGCUCCACGACUUUCAGUCAUGUCAAACACGAGAACAUCUACCUGGUCGCCGUGACUAAGAGCAAUGCCAAUGCCGCGCUGGUCUUCGAAUUCCUAUACCGACUGGUUAUGCUGGGAAAGAGCUAUUUUGGGAAGCUCGAUGAGGAGGCCGUGAAGAACAACUUUGUCCUAAUUUACGAAUUGCUCGACGAAAUCCUGGACUUCGGAUACCCUCAAAACACCGAGACGGACACCUUGAAAAUGUACAUCACCACCGAAGGCGUCAAAUCCGCCAUUGCCAAUUCCGCGACCGACUCCAGCCGUAUUACCAUGCAAGCCACUGGCGCUCUCUCCUGGCGCCGUUCCGAUGUCAAAUACCGCAAGAAUGAGGCCUUUGUCGACGUGAUUGAAGACGUCAACCUCCUCAUGUCCGCCACAGGCACCGUCCUUCGCGCCGAUGUCAACGGCCAAAUCGUCAUGCGAGCUUACCUCUCCGGCACCCCAGAGUGCAAAUUCGGCCUUAAUGACCGCUUACUCCUCGAUACCGACGCUGCCGGCUCCUCCACCCCAGGCAACCGCGACGGCACGAUGAAGGCUACCCGCGCGGCCGCGGGCUCUGUCACCCUCGAAGACUGCCAAUUUCACCAGUGCGUCAAGCUGGGCCGCUUCGACGCCGAUCGGAUUAUCUCCUUUGUGCCUCCCGAUGGCGAGUUUGAGCUCAUGCGCUACCGCGCUACCGAAAACGUGAAUUUGCCCUUCAAGGUUCAUCCGAUUGUGCGUGAAGUCGGCACCACCAAAGUGGAAUACAGCGUCGCUAUUAAAGCAAACUACAGCUCGAAAUUAUUCGCGACAAACGUUGUGAUUCGCAUUCCAACACCGCUGAACACCGCCAAGACGACGGAACGGACCAGCCAGGGUCGGGCAAAGUACGAGCCGGAACAUAAUAACAUUGUGUGGAAGAUUGCGCGGUUUUCCGGUGGAAGCGAAUACGUCCUGACAGCAGAAGCGACGUUGACGAGCAUGACACACCAGAAGGCGUGGAGUCGGCCACCGCUCAGUCUAUCAUUCAGUCUUCUCAUGUUCACCAGCAGUGGAUUACUGGUGCGGUACCUGAAGGUAUUUGAGAAGAGCAACUAUAGCAGUGUGAAGUGGGUGCGGUACAUGACUCGCGCGGGCAGUUAUGAAAUUCGGUACGUUUAA